AUGGUAUCACUCAUGCAGGUCUCUCUGCUCAUCAAGUUCAAAUGCUACUCUGUCCUGUUCCUUGGUGUGGCCAAUGGAGCCAAAUGCUACCUAAAACCUCAGGCAGAAGAGGAAAGGAAGAUAGCAGCUGAAGAGAAAGAGAAGCAGGAUGAACAGAAACAAAUUGAGAGAGAACUGGCAAAAGCCCAAGAUGGCAGCAUAAUAACAUGA